AUGACCAUUACCCGGAGUACCCGUCAGCUGUCUGUACGCCCGAAGUCCGAAGCCGAAGAGCUUGCCGCUCCAUCUCAGGCAUCAAGCAGUAUGAACCCCCUUCGAGAUCCGCCCACUCAGGUGGGAAGUGAAGAAGACCCCUCACCUUCAACCCUCGACGUCCUCGCUCUGGACAUGAAGACUCUAGUCAAAAAGAUUCAAGACCUCAGCCAUCUGGGGAUCGAGGACAGCAAGAUUGCCCUGCCCAAGAUCUGUGUGGUCGGCGACCAAAGCACCGGCAAGAGUUCCCUCAUCGAGGGCAUCUCUGAAAUCAAAGUUCCCCGAAGUGCUGGCACUUGCACUAGAUGCCCAAUGGAAAUCAAUCUCUCAGAAUGUGAGCCAGGUGAAUCCUGGAAAUGCUCAGUCUUUCUGUCCCGGCGAUACUGGUACGACCAAAACAAGAAGUUGAGAGCUAGUCUGAAGAAAAGCGAGCCCCUUGGACCCUGGCUCCCGGUUGGUGGUCAAGACGAUGAGCUCUUCGUCACGUUGACCGACCAGAGCAAGGUCCAAGAUACCAUUUGGUGGGCCCAAUUGGCAAUCUUAAACCCUGGGUCCGACUCCCAACAGUAUGUCCCAGGGAAGAAUGCAAUCACUCCGCAGUCUUUUGAGGUGAAAUUCUCACCUAAUGUGGUUCGGCUGGAUAUCUCAGGGCCCGAAUUCCCAGCUCUGUCAUUCUACGACCUCCCUGGCGUCAUCAGCCAGGCCGAACAUGAAUCUGAAACCUACCUAGUGACGCUUGUCGAAAACCUGGUCAAGCAGUACGUUUCCGAGGAGAACUGCAUCGUCCUCCUUACCCUGUCUAUGACGGAUGAUGCCGGAAAUUCCAAGGCAGCAGGCCUCAUUGGAAAGAUCAACGGUGCAAAGGAACGAACCCUCGGGGUGUUGACCAAGCCAGACAGACUUGCUGGGUUUGAAUCCUUUGCGCAGUACAAUGAAAUUCUGGAAGGAAGGGUGUAUGGCCUAGGCCAUGGCUACUAUGUCGUUCGAAAUAACCCCGACCCGGAUGUCCCGCAUGCAGUCGCUCGCAGAGAAGAAGACGCCUUUUUCGCAGACCCAUUCUGGGCUGGGCAGAUGGCCGGGUUCCAAGAACGAUUUGGAACUUGUCGGCUUCAAGUUGCGCUUUCGGCUAUGCUGAUGGAGCAGAUCCAGAAAUCGUUGCCAUUAAUCAUUCACCAGAUCAAUGAGAGAGCCCAUCGCAUCGAUGCUGAGCUCAGCACUCUCCCGGACUCACCUGCUGAGGAUGUGCAACGAAUUCUCAUGGAAAAGACUAUUACUUUGGGCCUUAAACUCCAAUGGAUUUUCGAAGGAGGCACUGGGUACGGAACCCCAGAUAAUGCCCUCCAAAAAGAAUGGUGCGAUUUGGUUAGGGAUUUUCAGAUGGCCUUGGAAAAGACUCGCCCAACAUUGAGAACAACUGCGGACUCGGAUAAUAUCUACCUUGUUGAGAAGUAUGAUGCCGAUGCCGACAUGAUUAUGCUAUCAAGCCCCCCCUCUCGCAAGAGAAAAGCACCUAUUGCUGAGCCGAAGACUCCUGAGAGCAAACCCCAGCCUGAGAAUCAACAGGCGGAGCGUGGUGGUCCAGGAUACAAAACGACAUGCUUCAACGAGUGGAAGGGUCCUUUCUUUAGAUUCACACUAGAAAGUAUCCGACGCAUCAAGGAAGAAUCGCACCGGGCUGGGAUCCCAAACCAAGUGGACCCUACUGCCAUCGAAAAGCUGAACAAAGAGAGUGUCAAGAACUGGAUCGUGCUCGCAAACGCUUUCGUGUUCGCCACUCACGGAAUUGUGCAGAGGGUUCUGAUCAACACCCUGGAUGACGUGAUUGCCCAGUAUCGCCAAACAGGUCUUUAUCGAGAGCUGUACCGGGUCAUCACGACUUUCCUUCUUCGGCUCCGCUCUGAAUACCUUCAUGAUGUAAAGACACACUAUCAAAUCGAAAGUGAUAACCCUUUCACCAUGGCCCAAGACCAGCACAAAGCUGCCUCACUGGAAGCACUUGCAAAACUGACUAGAGCUCGCCGGGCCUCUCGGGUCAGAACCUGGCGCACGCUCCGUGGUUACGCGACGGACGAGGAGUCAAGACUCAGCAAGGUCACUGAUGAGGAGCUCGGCCCGGAUCAAUUUUCGCAGGAAUUGGAGAUGAUGGCAAGUUGUCGCGGAUACUACCAGAUUGCCAGCUCUCGAUACCUUGAUGUGAUUUGUCAACUCGCUCAUAUCAAGAUGUUCGCUAAAUGUCGAAAUGAGCUCAUUCAAGUUGUCAAUACCGAGUUGAAUGCAAGCUCGUUCGAGCGAUGCAUGGAGCUCAUGGCUGAGGACCCCGAGCGACAGGCCCGUCGAAAUGCAUUGACCAAGGAAAAGGUCAAACUCACCCAAGCCCAAGGAUGGCUUGCCGCAGUCCACCAGACCAAGGACGAGAGCUCUGACAUGGGCACUUUCUCCGAUGAGACAGUCAAUGGCUCUGAGUGGAAGAAUGAGUCAUUUGCCUAG